AGGAACCGGAAGUGAGAAGGCUCCUACGUCGCAACGAGGGAACAUAGAUCUCUUUGUAAAUCCGCCGCGCGCUCAGAUUCGUUUGGUCUCCGGUUCAUUAAGCAGCAUCAUGUCGGACGAGGGGAAACUGUUCAUCGGGGGUUUGAGCUUCAACACCACCGACGAUUCGCUGGCCGAGGCCUUCGGUAAAUAUGGCGCCAUCGCGAAAUGUGAAGUGAUCCGGGACCGAGAAACGGACCGGUCUCGCGGCUUCGGCUUCGUGACAUACGAGAACCCCGAGGACGCGAAAGACGCGAAGGACGGCAUGGACGGGAAGGACCUGGACGACCGCCAGAUCCGCGUGGACGUCGCUGGAAAGGGCAGAGGCGGCGGCCGCAGCGGCGGCAGCAGAGGCUAUGGAGGCGGCGGCGGAUGGAGCGGCGGCAACGACCGUAGUGGCGGCAGCGACCGGAGCAGCCACCGGAGCUACGGCGGUGGCGGCGGCGACCGCAGCUACAGCGGCGGCGGCGACCGCAGCUAUGGCGGCGGUGGUGGCGACCGGAGCUAUGGUAGCGGCAGCCGGAGCUAUGGCGGCGGCGGCCAGAGCUACAGCAGCGGCGGUGGCGGCGGCGGCGGCGGUAGCCGCAGCUACGGCGGCGAACGGAACUUCAAUCGAGGCAGUUCAUCCGAUGGUCCAUCUGAAGGAAGCCAGUACCAGAGCAGCGGGCGCAGCGGCUACUCCAGCACCUACAGGGACAGCUACAGCAACGAGUAAACACCGCCCCGGCGCGACGUCCUCACUUUGGCCCGGCUGCGUCGCUCAAACACGCGCACUCCUCAAACAAAGAUGUCCGCGUGAUUGCUGAGCUUCGUUUUUUGUAAUUCUGUUUUUUGUAGCUCGAGCAUCUUAAGAAAAAAAAAAUGUAUCCAUGAGUAUUUUUUGUUCAUUCCUCGAAUAAACCAUGUUACCAAUUCCACUUAAGGACUAUGCUUUGUUUAUAUUGUAUUCCUCGAAGGUGGUUUUAUUACCGUAAUGUUUGAGCGAAUAACGGCUCCCCAUGCGGUCACUACCGCUGCCAUUUUUUAUUUAUUUGUUAUACUUUUAUAUCCGAUGGGCUUGUUUUUACUUAAUUUGUCCUCAAAAUACUUUUUGGGGGUUUUAUGCGAAAUAAAUGUUCCUAUUAAAACCAA